CUUUAAACAAAAGCUGGAGGUGUCAGGCGGUGCGGUGUCAGUACAAGAAGUACGGAGAGGAGAGAGGACGGUGGCGGAGCGCUCAGUGAUCGGUGUCCGGUGUGGGCGUGGUGCCCCGAGUAUUAUGUCGGAUCAUUUGUUGGAGGAGAGCCGGGCUCUAUUGGAGGAUUACCUCCAGCGUUGCCUCCGCAGGGACUGUCAGCCUCCCCCGACCCCCGUAGGGCAGACACUAUGGAGGGUGACCGGGGAGAUCCUCACCAAGAACCGGGACUUCUAUGAAUCGUGCGAGCUGCUGUCCGGAGAUCCCCGGAGCACCUUGGAGCAGGUGGCGGCUCAGCUCCCGGAGGACGGGGGGCUCAACUGGGGCCGGAUCAUCGGACUAAUCGCCUUUACUGGGGUCCUACUACAGAGGGACAAGGCGGGGACCGCCCCCGAGGAGCUGGCCGGGGUGCUGAGCAGGUUCCUGGUGGUGGAGCACGGGGAUUGGUUCCGGGAGCACGGAUCAUGGGAGGGAUUCCACAAAUUUUGUAGCAAGCAUGAGCCGGGCCAGGUACAAGAUAACAGUAGAUUUUCCAAUGCCAUGAUGGCAGCUGCUGGUUUUGGGAUUGCUGGAUUGGUCUUUCUGUUGACUGUAAGAUGAACUAUAUGGAGGAAAUACCCGCCACCAAUGAUCACUGAUGACUUCAUGGACCAUCACAUAGGACUUGGUUCUCAGCUGUUGUUGCCAAAGAUCUUGCGUCAAGACUUUCAAAAGGACUGAUUUGGUUGACCGUGUAGCUUGGAACAAUUGUGCACUGCCAUUUUGCUGUAAAAUGUUGUGGUUUUUUUUUUUUUUUUUUAUGGACGCACAAACCGCUUUUUAUUUUUAAAUGUUGUGAUUGGUGAAUUGACAAAACUAGACCAAAAAGCAAUUAAAAUACCUUCUAUGAUAUCAUGGAAAACACACCAGUGUUUUUUUUUUUUUUUCUAGGAUAUACUGGUAGCAUUUAAAUUAAAGUGUAAACCAUGUUUGUGUAACCCUAACAUUUUAGGGUGGUCUUACAUUUUAGAAAGUUACAUUAGAAUCAUUUCCCCUUCUAUUUUAGAUGACUUGGAUCUAAGAUUCAUGAACCUGCCAUAGUACUUUAUUAAAAGGCAAAGAGCAGGUUGGUGUAGAUCGGCCAUUUUUUCUUUUGGCUUCAUAAGUUCAGCUGUCACUGAGGGAAAAGGAUUCCUGAUUGGCUGCUUUGUACGGAAAAAGGAUUCCUGAUUGGCUGCUUUGUAUUGCGCUUUUUUUACAGAGAAAACAAAGCUGGUGCCUACUACGGCACACCACCUAAUGGUCCCAUAAUUCCUGUGGGACUUGAAGUCGCAGAUAACAGUAAAUUUUUCCCAAUCCAGGAUAAUGAUGCUGAACAUACAGCGAUUUCUAGUCCUGCGUAGUGUACGUUUUAAAUUGGGUAACACGUGUUCUUCUUUUGAAACCUUCAUGGCAAACUAGUGGAAGUUUUUGAUAAACAUUUCACUGCUAAUAUAUUAAUUUUAACCAAUACUUGGCAAAAUUUGUAUUUAUGCUAUAAUAUAUUCAGUUAGUAAAACCCAUGGAGAUCUGGUAUCUCUGUGUAAGCAUUUGUAACUUUUUUUUCCAAGGAAAAAACAAUAAUAUAUUCUAUUGUGCUUAUUGUAUGAUCUGUACCAUAUUUUUUUAUUUUUAUUUACACAUAUCCUGUUUUAAUAAAUAUUAGCAUUUGUCAUA